UUCGAAUUAAGCUCGGUCAAGUUUUUUUUAUACUGAAUCGGUGGCAAGUUGGCGGUGGGAUUAAGCUCACGGUGGUCAGCUGCCGACCUCGUGUCUCGUCCAUGCCCACGAUUAGCUGACGAUCUGGCUGCGCUGCGUGACAAAACUCCGAACUUGUGACCACAGGCACUUCGAUCAGAAAUCCUAUGGCCAGAGUCCUCGGUCCGAGAUGCUUGCUCCAUAUCAGAACAUCGACUGACACGAGGAAGCACCGUACCGUACGUUCGAUCGACCGAAUGAAUCCGGUAGUUGAUGCAGUACAGUACAGUAUGACGAUCGAUCCACUCUCACGGCCGCCGCUGCUGUGUAACAAGCAUUGAUGUGUCUUCCCAUUCAUUUUACUAUUCUUCUGAUUCCCUCGUCUGCUCUUGACGUGUACUGCGUGAAACAUGUGUGGUGACUUUGUAAAGUGGGCCGCCGAUAUUGAUAUUGUACAUGUGUUCAGAGCCUUCUGUUUCAGACUCGACGUCACCAGUGAUGUGCUGCCGAGGAGACUCGUGGACUGCUCAUUGAACUAUUUUGAAGAACGGAAUAAAAUCUUACAAGCGCUCUCAGAUUUGAGGGUUUCGUUUUGCGGUAUGUUAAAUUGCGGCUUUUCAAAAGUAAGUAGACACAUGAUUUCAUGA